CUCAACUUUGUGAAUCUGCUCUCAUGUGAAGGAGGCCGGAGGAGGAGGAUGGGAGUCAGCUGCUCCUCCAGAUGCCUCGCUCUCUUCCUCGCGCUGCACAUCGUCUCUGUCCUGCAGACGGUGCUGGUCAGCGCUGGCCAAUGUGACUCUGUGUUUAGAGGGUUCUCUGACUGCCUGCUUCAGAUGGGGGAGAACAUGGCCAGCUACCCCCAGGACCUGGAAGACAGGGAGAACCUGCACAAGAUCUGCAGCUACUGGGACAACUUCCACUCGUGCGCCACGACGGCGCUGGCCGACUGCCAGGAGGGGGCGACGGACCUGUGGGAGAAGCUGAAGGCCGACUCCCGCGACCUCGACCUCCGCGGCAGCCUGUUCGAGCUGUGCGGCAGCGGCAACGCGGCGCCCGGCCGGCCCGUUGCCGGGGGGCUCGGCCUGCUGCUGCCCGCCGUCCUGACCUGGCUGGCGUUUUAA